GCGUAACUAGCAUGGCGCUCACUGCGGUCGGAGUUGCGUUGUGUCGCCUGUGUGCUUAUCACUUGUGUUUCCCCUUAACUACAUGACAGGCGCGUGUUUACAGUCCACGUCGUGCGUGUCCAAAGACUACACAACAGUAUUUGUGAGUUGAAUCCUCCAGGUAAGUGCUCAGCAAGAGUCCAGGUAGCUCGCUAACUAGUAACGUUAGCAGGGAGGCAAAAACAUUGGGAGAUACGGAGCAACAAGAGGAGGAGUCCUGGUUUUGAAGAGCUGAUGCAGAUGCCAUGGCCAUAGCCGAGGUAUGGGUGUGACGUGACAGUGCUGCUCCUGCUUCCAAACAACAACCUUAUCUGCACCAUGUUUUGCUGCUGAAGUCGAGGCAGAACACACAGAGAAUGGACGAGUCAGUCUUGUUGGAUUUGCUUGAGUGCCCCGUUUGUCUGGAGCGGCUGGACGCCACGGCAAAGGUCCUUCCCUGUCAGCACACCUUCUGCCGAAGAUGCCUCCAAGGUAUUCUAGGCUCACGUGGAGAGCUGCGUUGCCCAGAGUGCCGGACAUUGGUGGAGUGUGCUGUGGAUGAACUCCCCAGCAACAUACUCCUUGUGCGCCUUUUGGAUGGCAUCAAGCAGAGGCCUCGUCGGGCCGGUCCAGGGGUUGGAGCCUGCACAAAUGGUACAUCCGGAGCCGUGGCCAGAGCACACGUCAGAGACCAGGGCUCCAGGGACCAGGGGACUCCAGGAGCACAACCCCAGAGAGCUCAGACGAAGAGCCCCCUUGUCCGUGGUGUACCCCAGCUCCCAUGUGCCAAGGCUCUUUACAACUACGAUGGCAAGGAACCAGGAGACCUCAAGUUCACCAAGGGCGACAUAAUAAUUUUGCGCCGGCAAGUGGAUGAGAACUGGUACCAUGGAGAAAUGGGAGGAGUCCACGGUUUCUUCCCCACCAACUUCGUCCAGGUCAUCAAGCCGCUGCCACAACCACCACCUCAGUGCAAAGCUCUGUAUGACUUUGAGCUCAAAGACAAGGAGGCAGACAAGGACUGUCUGCCCUUCUCCAAGGAUGAUAUCCUGACUGUGAUCCGCAGAGUGGAUGAAAACUGGGCAGAGGGAAUGCUGGGAGAUAAAAUUGGAAUAUUUCCCAUCUCAUAUGUUGAGUUCAACUCUGCGGCUCGUCAGCUUAUAGAGUUGGACAAGCCAUCAGACUCCAGUGCAGACUCUGGUGAGGGGGCCUCCUCUGGGCCCCAGAGCAAUGGUGCCCAGCGUGCAGGGGAGAAGAAGAACAGCAAAAAGCGACAUUCCUUCACUUCUCUCACCAUGUCCCACAAACCCAUGCUAGCUCCGCCCCCUCAGCGUCACUCCAUGGAGAUUAGUGGGCCUGUCCUCAUCAGCUCCAGUAACCCCACAGCAGCCGCCCGGAUCGGAGAGAUCAGCGGGGGGCUUUCCUGCAGCGCACCUUCACAGGUACACAUUUGCACAACUGGACUUAUCGUGACCCCACCCCCCAGCAGUCCUGUUACUACAGCAACUGUCUUCACAUUUCCCUCCGAGACGAGCUACAGUUCCAUCCCUGUGGAUGCUCUCCCACCACCCCCACCUCCUCCCCCACAAUCCUGUGCCGGUGGAGCAGCAUUUUCAUUGGCUGCCGGACAGAGACCCUCCCCAAGCAUAAGUGACCAAAGUGGGAGACAAAGACCCACAGUCUAUGUGGCAAUGUUCCCCUACACUCCUCGUAAGGAGGAUGAGCUGGAGCUGAGGAAGGGAGAGAUGUUCCUAGUGUUGGAGCGCUGUCAGGACGGCUGGUUCAAGGGCACUUCCAUGCACACUGGCAAGAUUGGAGUUUUCCCUGGGAACUACAUGAGUCCAGUCAGCAGGACCACGUCAGGGAGCACUCAGCCUAAAGUGCCCAUGAGUCUGUGCACUCAGGCUGGCAGAGGGGUCACCAUCGUCAGCCCCUCUCCUGCUCCCCUCGGGGCCAUUGUCCCCGGACCUGACUUCAACAAACCCCUCACUGUGUGCUCCAGCGCUGUACCUGCCAACUCCCAACCUGCAGCCGUGGUAACAGCGGCUCAGACAGCCACAGGGCAACAGCCGAAGGUCCCAUUGCAUGUCAACUCCCAGAUGACUGUGAAUCAGGCACGCAACGCUGUCAGGACAGCCGCAUGUCAGAGUCAGGACCGGCCCACAGCAGCAGUGACACCAAUCCAGUCUGGGACGCCUGUAGGCUACCUUCCCCACCUUGCUGUGUGUCCGCAGCCCUCCCCUUGCCCAGCCCAAGGCUGUACCCGGGCUGGGGUGACAAUGGGCUGCGCUGCUGCUUCUCUUACCCCACCCAACGUCAGUGCUGCAUCCCUGGAGGGUGACGCUUUGAGACCAGUACCUGCCCUCACUGUGCCUGUCGGCCCCGGGAACGGCUCUGCUUUUAAUCCUGUGUCUAAUAAUGCAGCAUUUGCAUGCAGACUGGACAAGGAUGUCAAGAGGGAGAAGAAAAGUCUUCUAAAGCUUUUGUCGUCCAAUAAGAAGAAGUCUCGUCCUUCACCACCCUCCUCUCCUACGCUUGAGGCGGAACAGACUGCAGCUGGAGAAGCACUACAUGGCGCUGUGGGGCAUGACACCCCCCCUCCCUCCAGUUCUGUCAGCUGCCUCGAUACUGAACCUUCUGCUGCUGCUGUUGCUUCCGCCUCGUCAUCCUCCUCAGUCCCAGAGUCCUCCCAUCGGAAGUGCAGUCCUCUCGAUGGAUGUGCCCCUAUAGCUCCUCCCCCUCGCCAGCCAUGCUCCUCCCUUUCAUCUCAGCAGCAUGACGCACGGCCCAUCAUAUGUGAGAGGUACAGGGUGGUGGUGUCGUAUCCUCCCCAGAGCGAGGCUGAGCUGGAACUUAAGGAGGGCGACAUUGUGUUUGUUCACAGGAAGAGAGAGGACGGCUGGUUCAAAGGCACGCUGCAGAGGAACGGCAGGACCGGGCUGUUCCCCGGCAGCUUUGUAGACAGCAUCUAAUAAAAACACUACAGUGAACCACAGACACCGACAUGAGCCAGCUGAUCACUGCUUUCAAUCCGUCAUCGUUUAAACCAAACAGAACAGCAGUCUCAUGGUGGCUGGGACGGGACCCUGAUCAGACUGACGCUGCACAGAGUCCACUGUGGCUCCGGUCACUGCAAGAACAUGAGAGACACAUGUAUGAGAACUACAGAGGAGGACAGGACAUGUUGUUAAAUGAAAUCAAAGUGGACAGAGUUAGAGGAGAACACACAACUCAUGAACUUUUCCCUUUUUUGUUGGUUAUUUAUAUCUUUGUUAACAAUUCAGCUGUUAUAUGUGUGCCUUGUACUGUUCCUCACUUUAUUGUACAUACGGACACAAAGAUGAUUAGUCCUAAAACAACCGAUAUGAGCUGUUGAUAUAGAUAUGUUACACAUUUUAACUUAUUUCAUAGGCCUUUUGUAGUGCAACACGUUAAGGGGUUAAACUGGCACGUGCCUUAUACCAUAUUCCACCACAUCAGUUCUACUUUUCUCCAUUACACUACUGAUACAGGUUUUACUAUGAUUUCAGACUGUCAGCAGGAAGGAGAAGGUACAGUGAAACCAGACACAGCAGAGCGAAAACAAAUGAGUGUCAUCACUUGUGCUGCAUAAUAGGAAAAAGGAUACUUUCCCCUGUUCCAGAGGCAUUACCUUAACCAGAGGAUCAUAAUAGAGAGCCGCUGUAUUGCACAUUGAUUACACAAGCUAAAGUUGCACUUGGAAAAGAAGUUUCCUCGGGGCAAUCGCAGGCCUCCACUUUCUCUCCUGGUGUGGCUGAGGCAGAAUUGCCAGGGACUGUUACCUGCAGUGAUCAAAUAUUUGCAUGUGAUAUUAGCAAAGCCCUCUGCGGCAGGGCUUUUUGAAGUUGCUUUCUCAAUAUGCCAAGAACACACUCGAAAUAGAGUGCAGGCAGGUGUUUCUUUCUUUGUACCCUGACCGGAGUAGCUGCUCCCCUAACCUCUCGGCAAUAGCCAAACCCAGACGUGGCUCUUCAGCCCAAGAGUUACAUAACAUUUCAGUAGCGGCGCACAACAGAUUAUUUUCAUUGUAUAUUUAUGUUUCUUACAAAUUCCACAGAGGCUGACACCUGCUGCUCUUAGAAAGUCUCAUAUAACUAACGUGGACACGCAGUGGCCCUUCAGCAACCUCUCCGCCUUUAUACACUAUAACCCAUUCCUAAUGUGAUUCAUGGCAGUAAAAACACAGCGAGCUUAAGCACAAUGUUUGCCUGAAGUAACAUAUCAUUUCAUCCCUCCACAGAAAGAGGUGUGUCAUAUCUUGAAAGGUACAAUUUGUAUUGAAAUCAAUCACUUUGACCCCCUUGAUUUUUUUUAAAUUUGAAUGUUAUUUUUGCUGUUGGGGAUAGUUGUACAUUUCAUCUAUACAGAGCCUUUAAUGUUGUGUUGUAUUCACUUGAAUUACUGUACGAUUUCUCUGUGAUUAGAGGGGAUUUGGUCGUAGUUUUGGUGCUUGUUAAACAAAAAUAAUGGUCAGUUUUAGGAAAUAGUAUGAAAAGUUAGUUUCAUCAAAGAAUAUGUCACGACAUAAUUUAUAUUUUCCUUUUGAUUGGUAUCAUUAAUGAUUGCCGUCUCACUGACUUUAAGUCGUAUGAAGUCUGGGAGCGUAUUUAAACCCUUUAGAGUCGAGGCAAUCACUGAAUUGUGCCAAAUUUGGAUUUGAGAAUCGAUUUGAUGACUGAAUUGGACCCAGAAUUUUAAGUGUGUUUUGUGUCAUAUGUUGUUAAUUAAGGGGGACCACUGUGUAACUGACUGCUGGAAUAUGUUGUAGUGUGUGUAAAGUUUGGAGAGAGUUUGGAAAAGGAUGGUACAAAUCACUGUUAGGGCCUUCUUAGUGUCUCUGAGUUGGUACAUGAGUAGAAUUACCUUGAUGUAAUCUUGUUGUCUUGGCACUCACCUCACCAACCUCAGGCUCUGCGCUGAAACUGCUCCUCUGAGUGUCUUUUCAUUUCACUGGUAAGCCUUCAAUAUACACAUCAGACUUACUGCACAGAACAUUUCUAAUCAAAGUGACUUCUCAUCUAUGUUUUUAAUGCAUAGGCAGCACACACUUAAAACAUUACUGCAGUUAUUUCACUAUAUUUUCAUUUAUUGGAACAUAAGGCAACUUCGCCUGAUUCAACUUAACAGAUUUUCCUCAUGCCAAGGUGGCUUACUUGAUUCUUUUUUUGUCUUUAGUUAGUCUAUUGUAUGUUUUGAAAAUGGUGAAACUGACAUCAAUCUAUUUGUCACAGGUCUAUGUGAAAACAUUCUGAAGUAUUUGAGGGAAUAGCACAUUUUGUAAAAAUCUAUAACAAUUAAAGCUAAUGGUUUCCUUAAUUCA